GGGGCAAGUGUCAGUCAGGUCGAGAGCGAGGCGGCGCACCGCGGAGGUCCCAGGCAACAGACAGGGCAUCCCGGCCGGCCGCUGCGAGUUGCCUUGCCCAAGAUGGAGUUCCUCCUGGGGAACCCGUUCAGCACCCCUGUGGGGCAGUGUCUCGAGAAGGCAACGGACGGCUCCCUGCAGAGUGAGGACUGGACGUUGAACAUGGAGAUCUGCGACAUCAUCAAUGAGACGGAGGAAGGGCCAAGGGAUGCCAUUCGAGCCCUGAAGAAGCGGCUCAGUGGGAACCGGAACUACAGAGAAGUGAUGCUGGCCCUGACAGUACUGGAGACUUGUGUGAAGAACUGUGGUCACCGCUUCCACAUCCUUGUGGCAAACCGAGACUUUAUCGACAGUGUUCUGGUCAAAAUCAUCUCUCCCAAGAACAACCCUCCCACCAUCGUACAGGACAAAGUGCUUGCUCUGAUCCAGGCGUGGGCAGAUGCCUUUCGGAGCAGUCCUGACCUCACCGGCGUAGUGCACAUAUAUGAGGAGUUGAAGAGAAAGGGGGUUGAAUUUCCCAUGGCCGACUUGGACGCUCUGUCUCCUAUCCACACACCCCAGAGGAGCGUCCCAGAAGUGGAUCCCGCCGCGACCAUGCCCAGGUCUCAGUCGCAGAACCAGACAAGUGCCAGCUCCUAUUCCUCUCCUCCUCCUGCAUCCUAUUCUGCUUUGCAGGCCCCGGCUCUGAGUGUGACCGGCCCCAUCACAGCCAAUUCAGAACAGAUUGCCAGACUGCGGAGUGAACUGGAUGUUGUUCGGGGAAACACAAAAGUCAUGUCAGAGAUGUUAACAGAAAUGGUCCCUGGGCAAGAGGACUCCUCUGAUCUGGAACUGCUGCAGGAGCUGAACAGGACCUGCCGGGCCAUGCAGCACCGCAUAGUGGAACUCAUCUCCCGUGUGUCCAAUGAGGAGGUCACCGAGGAACUGCUGCAUGUCAAUGACGACCUCAACAACGUCUUUCUCCGCUAUGAGAGGUUUGAGCGGUACAGGUCUGGCCGAUCAGUUCAGAAUGCCAGCAAUGGAGUCCUGAAUGAGGUGACUGAAGACAACUUAAUAGACCUGGGCCCUGGCUCUCCUGCGGUGGUGAGCCCCAUGGUGGGGAACACAGCACCACCAGCUUCCCUCUCCUCCCAGCUUGCAGGCUUGGACUUAGGGACAGAGAGUGUCAGUGGCACCCUCAGUUCACUUCAGCAGUGUAACCCUCAUGACGGCUUUGACGUGUUUGCCCAGACCAGAGGGAACUCCUUGGCUGAGCAGCGCAAGAGGGUCACCUAUGAGGAUCCCCAGGCUGUUGGAGAACUCUCUUCUGCACUAGACAGUCGGAAACAGAGCUCAGAAGUGCAGAGAGGGAAAGGUGGGGAUUCUGACCUGGAGCCCAUAGACAGCUGGCUCAUGACCCAAGGAAUGAUCCCCGUUGCGCAGCCCUCUGUCAUGGACGACAUUGAGGUGUGGCUCAGGACGGACCUGAAGGGUGAUGAUCUGGAAGAGGGUGUCACGAGUGAAGAGUUCGAUAAGUUCCUGGAAGAAAGAGCCAAAGCUGCAGAAAUGGUUCCCGACCUGCCCUCACCUCCUGUGGAGGCCCCUGCACCAGCUCCUAGCCUUUCCAGCCGGAAGAAGCCAGAGCGAUCCGAGGAUGCCCUCUUCGCCCUGUGAGCUGUUGCUCUGUGCUUGGCCUCUCUCGUGGCAGGUCACUGUUGGCUCCCCUGGUGGACAGCGGGCACGGCCGCCCCUCAGCCCCUCGGCCUGAACACCUGUAUCUCCAUGGAAAUGCCACUGUUUGACCUAGGCCUCCAUAGUCAGCACCCACUUUCACUACCUUUUCUCUGGGUGGUGGAUAGCAGAGCAGCACUGUGCUUAGAGGCCCUGCUCCCCCGCCCCCCAUGGACUCUCUUGGCCUGGGAUCCUCCCAGGAAGAGCCAGUGGCCCAGCCCCAGGCAGGGCAGUCCGCUUGACACUUUCUGAGCAGAGUCCUUGCACUGUUUCUCUCACGACCCCCUCCUCGCCUGAGCUCAGCUCUGUGGCUUCCCUCGGGAGGACCACUUCACUCCCUGGGGCCUCUCUUCUCCAUGAAGAGCUCCAGGCCAACACCUCUGUAAGAGCUUGUACCCACAGGCUUGGUCUCUCUCCAUGGGCUGUGGCACUUGGUGUGUCUGCACUUUAAAGGGCUUGGUGGGCUGUUCCCAUGGGGGUCCCUCCUGUUCAUCAGUUGAACAAGCCAGGGGCCCGUGGCUCUCGGUGUGCGUAUAACCCUAGGUAGCGGCACAGUGUGUGGAAGAGCACUAGCCUAUGCAUGUUGUGCAUGGCCACACCCACGCCUGGCCCUGAGGUUGAGAGCUGCUGGGGAAAGUGAGGUGACUUUGGUGUAGCCCAUGCCCAAGGUUCUGGCCUGGCUUUUAGCAACUUUGACACAGCCACCUACAUGCUCAGCAGCACACAGCUGAACCAUGCCUGGAGGUUCCACAUCACAUAGAAGGCUCCUCUCCCUUCACUGGCAUGGGCCUCAGCCUCUUCAAUUUGCUGUCCCUACCUCUGACCACUACACACUUCACAUGUCCUCCAGCCACCACUUUCAGUUUGAAGCCUGACAGUCUAUGGCUGAAACAGAUGAGAGCUGGGAAUGUCUGCUCCUAUCUUCUAUCCUUGUGGUGUGUCUCCUGGCUGUGGGAAGGGACUCACACUGUUACCUGCACCCCAGUCCAUCUGAUAGCCUCAUUUCUUCAAGCUGUCCAGAAAAAAGAAACCUGCAGCUAGGUCACCAUACGCCGUGCAGGGCACCCAUGCUCCCAGCCCCGCUCUGCACCUGCCACCCCCACGGCAUCAGCCCAGCAGAGCCGGCUGGGCUCUGUUCAAAAGAGAUUAGUGCCCAGGCUCUGGGCAAGUAUCAGGAUGGGACCACAGCCCCAAAGAACAGGAUCAGCCCACCCCAGGACCCAGGCCUCCUCCAACACCCCACCAGCAGCCUCAAAAAAAAAAAAAAAAAAAACAGUGGCCUGCGGUCUGGCUGAGGCUCAUCUGGCAAGGCCCAUGGGGGAUGUCACUCUGGCUUAGCAGAAGAUGUCCAGGAAGCCUCUCCCAGAGGAAGUUCAGCUAGCCUGCUUCCCUCCCAGUCCUAUCUGAGUACCUACCAUACCUCCACCCUCUGCUCAAGGCUCUUGGCCAACCUGAGCUCCUCUUUCAGUGUUUCUCAAGGGCAGAGUCCCCUGAGACCAGCUUGGCUGUCAGGGCCUCUUAAAGGAACCAAUUUGUCAAACCCAAGAAGGUGGCUGGGUGGCCCAGUGUACACGGAAGCCUGGUCUUUGGCAUAGACUGGAAGGGUUGUCUGUGAGGGCCAGAACUCACUUCUGUCAGCCUGCCAGAGCUGGGCCUGUGUGCAGUAGGUAGCCUGGCCAACUCCCUGCCUGGAGAGAACAUGAAGAGGAAGAUGGGCCUUUUGCAGGGUGAAAGGUUGAGAUGAGAGCCCACCAGGGGUCUCCAGCAAAGCUAUUUUUCAUGCCCUUAUCCAUAGCUGUCCUCCAUCUUCCUGACUCCAGCUGGUGAGGGAACAUGGCUUGGAGAAGCCUGACAGUCCCAUGGGCAGCAGAUAGUUUAGGGCCCUCCUAAGCUAGCAGGAGGCCAUUGGGUAUGAAAAGUGCCCUGCCUGCCUGGCCUGGAGCAGCUUGGUCUGCAUUGCUCAUAUCCUGUUCAGAGGCAGCUUCUCUACUUGUGGGCUGAGGUGUGUGCCUGAGGUCUGCACGAGAAGCAGUACUGGGCCCAGGUGUCCUGAAGGGUGUUCUGCUCAGCCCCUGCAGAUUGUCCCAUCCUUAGGCUUCUGGUGCCUGCCUGCUCCACCCUCCCUAGUCUGUGGACAGAGUCCUCAGGCCCCUGCUCAAGCCAGCAGCCUCCACAAGUAUUAGAAAUCACAGAUACAGUGUGUACUUAAUUACACUAAAUUAUUGCUGGGAUUCCUCAUAAGCACUAAUUAUACCUGAUUAUAGGUUAAAAAUAUUUAUUUUGUCAAAAUAUUUUCUUGGGGAUAUGUUUAACCUUUUCUUGUUCAUUGUGUGCUGAAGUGUGAAGACUAACCAGUUCCUACUUCCUACAUCUGUGUGACCAGGGCAGCAGUAAAAGAAAGGCACCAUGUGCAGUUAGACCAUCGUGGGGCAGGCCUCUGGGAGCCUGCCCUAGAACGGCCCCUGCCUAGGUCCUGACCAGAGAGAUGAGCUGGGCUGAGAGUGAUCAGCUCAGCUCUCUGUGUGGGAGGCAUGGGUUUUCAGUGCCACAGGGGCUUGCUUCUCGGUGGCCUGGGCCAAAGGGAAAGGUAGCUGCUUGUUUGUGUCUGUCCUGUCUAUCAGCCCCCUCAGCUUGAGUGACUGUGCCUUGGUUCACUGUCGUUGUCCUUCCCACCCAGGAGUUGGUUCUACGUUGUCACCCAUAGCAUUGCUUAGCUGGGAAAGUAACAGCAGGGCUCUGGGUGGCCUGGUGACAGCAGGUUCCUGUCCUCCUUCCUGUUGCCAGGCCCCACUGCCAUCUGGCAGAACUCUUUUGACUGAUGGCUUUCUGGAUGACUCAGGGUAGGCCAUGGACCUUCCUAGAGCCAGGUCAAACCUAAGAAGCUGUGGAGAACAGCAUGGGAGAGCCCUUGCUCCCAGCCGGCAUCAGCCCCCUGCACUUCCUGGUUGGCUCAUGGCCUUGCUACAGUCUGCUGUUGGGAUGACUGGGCCCUUCCUGUAUGUCAGCCACAGGAAGGCUCAUGGAGGAGUGUGUUUCUCUCCUGGAGAUGCUCCCUGUAGCCCUGUGGUCCCAUCAUUUGACCCAGUGCCCAUCUCCAGCCCUACCUGUUCAUGGGGGUCCAGCUGCAGCUUCCCCUGUGGCCACUAGUCCCUGGGAACAGCUGUCAACCCUGUGUCCUGACUGUUCCUGCCGUACCCAAACCGCCAGGCUCUCUGAGAGAGCAGGAGUGAUACUCAUUCCUAAAGUUUGCACUUCAUUUGUGAGGGUCUCUGGAUCCUCGGGGCUGCUGAAAAGGUGUUGAGUUUGUUGUCCCCUCACCCCCGAUGUCAGGUUUUUGUUACUGUCCUGUGUUUCUGUAGGCAGAGCUAGUUCUGGAGGGUCGCUCAAAACGACAUCAGAGCAUCCCCUACCGCCACCUGGCUCUCCUAGACACUGUCUCUGUAGUUUGUGUUCUUGCAUGUAAAACACUUAAUAAUAAAUACAUAGUUGAACAAAC